UCCAUACGUGGCAAGGAGGCUGCAGGGAGGUGUGUGCGAGAUGGCGAGCCUUCUGCGCGUUGCUGUCAGCGGGUGCUCGGCUCCUGUUCUCGGCAACGUGUUACCACCUAAAGCACAUUCUGCAGCAAUGCCUUACUGGCGAAUAUUUAGAACCCAGCAGAUGCUCAUGUCUCAGGCGGCUCCAAAGCCAGGAAUUCCUUAUAAGCAGCUGACUGUAGGUGUCCCCAAGGAGAUAUUUGAGAAUGAGAAGAGAGUGGCUCUAUCACCGGCUGGAGUUCAAGCCUUGGUCAAACAAGGUUUCAAUGUUGUGGUGGAAUCUGGUGCAGGAGAAGCUUCCAAAUUUUCUGAUGACCAUUACAGAGAAGCUGGAGCAAAGAUCCAGGGGACCAAAGAAGUCCUGGCUUCUGAUUUGAUUGUCAAAGUGAGGGCUCCUAUACAUAACUCAGCUCUAGGUGUACAUGAGAUAGAUCUUUUUAAGACAUCGGCUACCCUGAUUAGUUUUAUCUACCCGGCACAAAAUCCAGACCUCCUGAAAAAACUUGCAGAAAAAAAGACUACUGUCUUGGCUAUGGAUCAGGUUCCACGGGUCACCAUUGCUCAGGGAUAUGAUGCACUUAGCUCCAUGGCCAACAUUGCUGGAUACAAGGCUGUGGUACUUGCAGCAAAUCACUUUGGUCGCUUUUUCACGGGUCAGAUCACAGCUGCUGGUAAAGUUCCUCCAGCAAAGGUCUUGAUCAUUGGAGGAGGAGUUGCUGGCCUGGCCUCUGCAGGAGCAGCUAAAGCAAUGGGUGCAGUGGUUCGUGGAUUUGAUACUAGAGCUGCAGCUCUGGAACAGUUUAAGUCUCUUGGUGCAGAGCCUUUGGAAGUAGACGUAAAGGAAUCUGGAGAGGGACAAGGCGGUUAUGCUAAAGAAAUGUCCAAGGAAUUUAUUGAAGCUGAAAUGAAACUCUUUGCCAAACAGUGCCAAGACGUUGAUAUUAUCAUCACUACAGCGCUUAUCCCAGGCAAAAAAGCUCCUGUCUUGUUUAAGAAAGAUAUGAUUGAAUCAAUGAAGGAAGGUUCGGUUGUGGUGGAUUUAGCUUCAGAAGCUGGGGGAAACAUUGAGACGACAAAGCCUGGAGAGUUGUAUGUUCAUAAGGGUGUUACACACAUUGGCUACACAGACCUGCCUAGCAGAAUGGCUACUCAGGCCAGUACUCUGUAUUCCAAUAAUAUUAUCAAACUUUUAAAGGCUAUUAGUCCUGACAAAGAGAACUUUUACUUUGAUCCAAAAGAUGAAUUUGAUUAUGGGACUCUGGAUCAUGUUAUUAGAGGAACUGUAGUAAUGAAGGAUGGCAAGGUGAUUUUCCCAGCACCUCCACCUAAUAACAUUCCUCAAGGAGCCCCUGUGAAGCAGAAGACGGUAGCAGAGCUGGAAGCAGAAAAAGCAGCUACUAUUACACCUUUUAGAAAAACUAUGACUAGUGCAUCUGUAUACACAGCAGGUUUAGCCAGCAUGUUAGGACUGGGCAUUGCAGCUCCUAAUGCUGCUUUCACACAAAUGGUGACAACAUUUGGCCUUGCUGGAAUAGUGGGGUACCAUACAGUGUGGGGUGUGACUCCUGCUCUUCACUCUCCACUCAUGUCAGUGACUAAUGCUAUCUCAGGACUAACUGCAGUUGGUGGGCUGGUACUGAUGGGAGGAAACUAUCUCCCUGAAAACACUCCUCAAAGUUUAGCAGUGCUUUCAACCUUUAUCUCUUCAGUUAAUAUUGCAGGUGGUUUUCUGGUUACACAGAGAAUGCUGGAUAUGUUCAAACGUCCCACAGAUCCUCCUGAGUACAACUACUUGUACCUACUACCUGGUGGUGCAUUUGUAGGAGGCUAUGCAGCUGCUCUCAGUGGUGGCUAUAACAUUGAACAGAUUAUGUAUCUGGGCUCAGGCUUAUGUUGUGUUGGUGCCCUGGCUGGUCUGUCCACCCAAGGAACAGCUCGUCUUGGAAAUGCUUUGGGUAUGAUUGGUGUUGCUGGAGGUUUAGCAGCGACUCUUGGAGGCCUUAAACCCUCACCUGAAUUGUUGGCGCAGAUGUCAGGUGCAAUGGCACUUGGUGGUACCAUAGGUUUGACGAUUGCUAAACGCAUCCAGAUUACAGAUCUGCCCCAGCUCGUGGCUGCUUUCCAUAGCUUGGUCGGGUUGGCUGCUGUGCUCACCUGUGUAGCAGAAUACAUCAUUGAAUAUCCUCACUUUGCUGUUGAUCCUGCCGCAAACCUCACCAAGAUUGUGGCAUACCUUGGCACAUACAUCGGUGGAGUGACCUUCAGUGGCUCUCUUGUUGCUUAUGGAAAACUGCAAGGUAUCCUGAAUUCAGCACCACUGCUCCUGCCUGGUCGACAUGCAUUGAAUGCAGGAUUGCUGGCUGCAAGUUUCGGUGGAAUGAUUCCAUACAUGAUUGAUCCUAGUUACACUACAGGAAUUACUUGCUUAGGUUCUGUGUCAGCUCUCUCAGCCAUUAUGGGUGUCACUUUAACAGCAGCUAUUGGAGGUGCUGACAUGCCUGUAGUUAUUACUGUCCUGAACAGUUAUUCUGGAUGGGCUUUAUGUGCUGAGGGCUUCCUACUGAACAACAACUUACUGACCAUUGUUGGUGCACUCAUUGGCUCCUCUGGUGCCAUCCUUUCUUACAUCAUGUGUGUGGCUAUGAACCGUUCCCUUGCAAAUGUGAUUCUUGGGGGCUAUGGCACCACAUCAACAGCCGGUGGGAAGCCCAUGGAAAUUACUGGAACCCACACAGAAAUAAAUGUGGACAAUGCAGUUGAAAUGAUAAAGGAAGCCAGUAAUAUUAUCAUUACUCCAGGUUAUGGUUUGUGUGCAGCAAAAGCUCAGUACCCCAUAGCUGAUCUGGUGAAGAUGUUGAGAGAACAAGGGAAGAAUGUCAGAUUCGGAAUUCACCCUGUGGCUGGCCGCAUGCCUGGUCAGCUGAACGUACUACUAGCAGAAGCUGGUGUUCCCUAUGAUAUUGUACUGGAAAUGGAUGAGAUCAAUGAAGACUUCCCAGAUACUGACUUGGUCCUUGUAAUUGGUGCAAAUGAUACAGUUAAUUCAGCAGCUCAGGAAGAUCCAAACUCUAUUAUAGCUGGAAUGCCAGUUCUUGAGGUCUGGAAGUCCAAACAGGUCAUUGUAAUGAAGAGGUCUUUGGGAGUUGGUUAUGCAGCGGUGGACAAUCCGAUCUUCUAUAAACCCAAUACUGCCAUGUUGUUGGGAGAUGCUAAGAAAACUUGUGAUGCCCUGCAGGCCAAAGUCAGGGAAUCAUAUCAAAGCUAAAUACUGAUUUAUAUGCAACUCAUGAUUGCAACUACAGUUGUGUCACAGAGGUCAUAGAAAACAGAAGAAUCUCUUCCUGUCAUAAUGCAGCCGGCAUUUGGAGAAGACCGCAUUGACUCUUAGGAGAUGUAGUUCAGUUAGGGAAUGUAGACUUCUAUGAAAGGAUGGGCAAGUUAGCUCUUCAAACUAAAUCUCCCAUGAGGCAAUGCUUUAAGGAACAACAAUGUGC